AUGCCUUUCCUCCUCAAUUUUAUCAUAGUCGGAGCGGUUGUUGUCAAUGGUCAAGAAAAUUUAACGAUACUUCCAGAUAAAAGUGACCAAAGAAUACAGAUAAUCGGCGACCUAGUUAAAGAUAAUUUGAAAACAAACGGAUGGAACAACAUUCUCUGCUUCGGACAUCUACCUGACAAUUUUUAUAACAAAGUGAAAGAUCUCAAUCUAACUUUUUCUAUUUCGAAUAUAGAUGUUGAAGAUGAUUAUGAUAUAGAGGGUGUUGUACCUUAUCAUUCCAAUUUUAUUGUCAUCGAUUGUAUAAACUUUGAGCAGUUCGAAGAUGUUAUCACUAAAGUGAUUUCUCUGCCAUAUUGGCAUCCACUAGCCCAUGUCAUUUUGUACUAUCAUACGCUUGAAGACAGACAAAUGAUGUCCAAACUGUUCUACAUACUGUGGUACUACAGAGCAAUCAAUGUUAUUAUCAUUCAAUACGAUGAUUCUAAAGACGUCCUGCUGGUGUCGUAUUUCAAUCCAUACACCAGUGAACCUUAUCGAUAUAAGAACGUCUAUGGAUGCAGAUUGACAAAGAAAAUCGGCAUGCCGUUCGAUAACUUUGAGACUGGGCUUUCCUGUGAAGAGGGUUGCGAAAAUAUACCUCUAAAAUCGAAACUACGACGCAAUUUCUUUGGUACUUGUCUGGGAUAUGAGACAAUUGCCGUGAACUACAAUGACACAUCCAAAUUGAAGAAAAUCAAUUUAUUUGAGAACAAAGCAAAAAAUUUUUACAGAUAUCCGCUCAGAGCGUUUGGCGCUGAAGUGUUACCAUUUUUAGAGAUUAGGAAUUACAGUGAUGGUACUUACUCGAUGCACAAGAGAGACGCUAUGGUGUGGAAUACAAUGGCUGAGAUGAUGAAUUUCACAAUAGACCUGUCACCUGCCGAGGGAAAAAUAAAAGAACCUUUUGACUAUGACCUAAGCAUUCAAAUGUUAUUCGCAUUUUCACACAGAAAAUUCGAUUUAUUUCUCUUUCCAGUUUAUCAGUAUGAUUUAGUUCUUUUCCAAAUAGAUAAUACUUUUCCCUACAAAGAUAGCGGCGUUUGCUUUUUAGCGCAUCGUGCUGAUUUUGAAAUGAUUCUAUUCGACGAGAAAUUGUUCCUUAACAACAUAGGUAUAGUUGUACAAUUUUUAUUCUGCUUCUUGGGCUCCUGGUUUGUAUUCUUUAUAUUUAACAUUGAACAAGGUGAACGGAUUAGUUUCGAUCGAGCUGGAAAAGAUUUUGUAAACGCAGUUAGGACAGUUUUAUCGAUGGGUCUUUACAAUACACCUGGACGUGGUUCAUUCCGUAUUUAUUUUAUCAUAUCACUUUGGAGUUUCUUUAUAAUUAACUUUUCAACUCAAGCAGCUAUUAUAUCGUUCUUUUCUGCAGCUAAGAGAGGCAAAGAAGUAGACACGUUUGAAGAUAUCGCUGCUAAAGGAUAUGUGGUCGAAGGUAUGGCAUCUCCUGACCUCAUUCUCCCAGAUCACAAAGAAAUAUAUCGUGUGAUUAACUCCAGACUGGUAUCAAAUAAAGAUUUGUUUGGAUGUGUCAAGAAAAUGGAUAAUGACAGUCGUAGAUUUUGUUUGUUAGAUUGUGCGGUCUGCAAAUAUUUGGAAAGAAACAAAAUGAAUGACAAGGGACAGCAAUACUUACAUGUGGCUAAGGAUAAAGCUCAUGGGCAUCAUCUGAAUAUGCUACUUCAAAAGCAUUCAACAAUAACAGAUGUGUACAAUAAAUAUAUUUUAGCAAUAGUUGAAGCUGGUUUAGUGACCAAAUGGGAGCAGUACAGAUUCACUGAGAUCAAGGAGGAAGCGCCAGUGCGAGCAAUGGGCUGGGAGGACGUCGAAGGAAUUUAUAAAUGCUACGUUUUCUUUCUUAUUCUAAGCAUUGUUCUUUUAAAAAUGACUACGGUCAAUGCUUCUGAAAAUUUAAUGGUAAGACCUGAUAGAGAGGACCAAAGAAUAGAUAUUAUUGUUGAUAUAGUAAUACAUAAUUUGAAAACAAACGGAUGGAACAACAUUCUCUGCUUUGGACAUCUACCUGACAAUUUUUAUAACAAAGUGCAAGAACUCAAUCUAACUUUUUCUAUUUCGAAUGUGGAUGUUGAAGAUGAUUAUGAUAUAGAGGGUGUUGUACCUUAUCAUUCCAAUUUUAUUGUCAUAGAUUGCAUAAACUUUGAGCAGUUCGAAGAUGUUAUCACUAAAGUGGUUUCUCUGCCAUAUUGGCAUCCACUAGCCCAUGUCAUUUUGUACUAUCAUACGCUUGAAGACAGACAAAUGAUGGCCAAACUGUUCUACAUACUGUGGUACUACAGAGCAAUCAAUGUUAUUAUUAUUCAAUAUGAUGAUUCUAAAGACGUGCUGUUGGUGUCGUAUUUCAAUCCAUACACCAGUGAACCUUACCGAUAUAAGAAUGUUUACGGAUGCAAACUCGCUAAGAAAAUAGGCAUGCCGUUUGAUAACUUUGAAAAUGGGUUUACCUGUGAAGAGAGCUGUGAAAAUAUUCCAAUCCAAUCUAAAGUACGAAAAAACUUCUUUGGUACUUGUCUAGGAUAUGAAACGGUUUUAUUUGAUUACAGUAACACCACACUGUUGCAAAAAAUCAACUUAUUCGAGAGCAAAGUAAAAGAUUUUCACGGCUACCCACUAAGAGCGUUUGGUGCUGAAGUAUUACCUUUUCUAGAAAUCCGAAACUACAGCGAUGGAACUUAUACGAUGCAUAAAAGAGAUGCCAUGGUAUGGAACACUAUGGCGGAAAUAAUGAAUUUUACACUCGAUCUAUCUCCCGCUGAGGGAAAAAUUAAGGAACCAUUCGAUUAUGAUUUGAACAUCCAAAUGGUUUUUGAAUUUUCACAUAGAAAGUUUGAUUUAUUCCUUUUCCCUGUAUACCAGUUUGAUUUAGUUCUCGUGGAAAUAGACAAUACGUUUCCUUACAAAGAAAGUGGUGUAUGUUUUCUUGCACAUCGUGCUGAUUUUGAAACUGUUCUAUUCGAUCAAAAAUUGUUAAUUAACAACUUGGGGCUGGUACUUCAAUUCUUGUUAUGCUUUUUAUGCUCUUGGUUUGUUUUCUUUAUUUUUAAUUUAGAACAACGUCAACGUGUUACCUUGGAUCAGGCUGGGAAAGAUCUCGUCAAUACAGUAAGGACCAUACUGUCAAUUGGUCUUUACAAUCCACCCAAACGUGGUUCAUUUCGUAUUUAUUUAAUAAUAUCUCUUUGGAGCUUUUUCAUUAUUAAUUUCUCUACUCAAGCUGCUAUUAUAUCGUUCUUUUCUGCUGCUAAGAGAGGCAAAGAAGUGGAUACGUUUGAGGAUAUCGCGGAAAAAGGCUACAUUGUCGAAGGUAUGGCAUCGCCAGAUGUUAUACUGCCUGAUCACAAAGAAGUAUAUCGCACUAUUAACUCAAGACUGGUAUCUAAUAAAGAUUUAUUUGGUUGUGUGAAGAAGAUGAGUAAUGACAGCCAUAGAUUUUGUUUAUUGGAUUGUGCGGUCUGCAAAUAUUUGGAAAGGAACAAAAUGAAUGAAAAGGGGGAACAGUAUUUACAUGUAGCUAAAGACAGAGCUCACGGACAUUAUCUGAACAUGUUAUUCCAGAGGAAUUCCGCUAUAACAGAAGUGUACAACAAAUACAUUUUAGCAAUAGUUGAAGCAGGUUUAGUGACCAAAUGGGAGCAGUACAGAUUCACUGAGAUCAAGGAGGAAGCGCCAGUGCGAGCAAUGGGCUGGGAGGACGUUGAAGGAAUUUACAAAUGUUAUGGUCUUUUUCUAGCAAUUAGUUUUAUUACGUUUCUGUGUGAAAUGUCAAUUAAACUCAUCAAAAAAAUGAAGAAAUUUUGUUUUAAGAAGUUCAGGCUAUGCAGACAUAAAUAA